AUGGCGGCGAAAUGUGACGUUUCGUCGACACAUGAGUAUAUUUGCCCAUUUCCUGACUGUCCGAAGACUUUCUCGAGACCCGACCGACUGAAAAUUCACCAACGGUCUCAUACGGGAGAGAAACCCUUUAAAUGUAUUGUCCCAGGCUGUGGAAAAAGCUAUGCUCGUUCAGCUCAUCUCCGCAGACAUGAAGACAAUAGUCAUGAACUUAAUGGAGAAACACAAAAUCAAGUGAGUUGUACAGUGGAUGGAUGUGGAAUGAUCUUCACCUUGGUGCAGAACCUUAAAAAACAUAUGAAGAGGAAACAUGAAAAGCGACAGUUCACGUGUGAAUACAAUGGCUGUGGAAGAUCCUUCAAGAAAAAUCAACAUCUCAAGGUUCAUGAGUUUGAACACACAAAUAUCAAGCCUUUUAUGUGUUCAUAUGAGGGAUGUGGCAUGAGGUUCCAGGUGCCAAGCAAACUUCACCGCCAUGAAAAAGUACACUCUGGAUACAGAUGUGAUGAAGCAGGUUGUAGUGAAAUUUUCUCAAAGUGGACUUUAUUAAGAAAACACAAAGCUACUCAACAUGCAUUGGAGAGAAAGUGUCCGCAGUGUUAUAAAACCUUCAGUACAAAGCGAUGGUUAAAGCAACAUAUGCAUGUUCACUCCUCAGAGCGGGAAAUGUUUUCUUGUCCACGUGACAACUGCGGUCGUUCCUAUCUUGAUCAGCGAAAUCUUCUUGCCCACAUUCGUUCAUACCAUGAUGGUAAUCGUAUAGAAUGUCCACACCCUGACUGCCACAGACGCUUCACCACUGAGCAAAAGCUUGCCCAACAUCAAGCCAUACAUGAUCCAAAUAAACUUCCCCCUAAGAAACGAUCAAGGAAAACAAAACAAAAAAAUGUUGCUGCUUUGCUUUCUGGUGUGAAGGAGAAAGUUUCCCAUGAUCUUGAUGACAUUACCACUCCUCCAGAGGAUCGGCUAUGUGAGAAUCCUUACGACAUGGUGGACAUCACAACUCGGCUAGAGGAUGGGAAAAAUCAGACCUCCAACAAUAAGGAUGGCAUCACAAGUUGGCUGGAGGAUGGACUGAGAAAAAAUUCAAAUGUUAAGACUUAUGUAGGGACAAAGGAGGAAGGAUGUGUUUUAGAUGUGGAUAGCUGUGAAGGAAAGGGAGUGAACUGUGUAGAUCAUGCAGAGCAGGAUUGUGUAGAGAUCUUAGAUAACAAUGUUGGGACAAAGACAACAGGUCCUUGUGAGGAUACAGAAUCUAUAUUUAGUGUAACAAAUAUAUCUGAUGAUUGUCAUAUAUUGGAAAAUGACAGACAUAGUCAGUCUUCUUGUGAUACAAACUUGGUACAAUUCACCUCUGACUUUAACUGUUUAACUUCCGCCCAAAAAUCUAUGACCUAUACAUCGCCAUCUGUUCCCAUGAAGAAAGUGUGUACAUGUUUCUGUUACAAACUUGUAGAUGAAGAUUUAGGUGAUCUCUGUGUUGAGUGUUGUGUAUCCUCAGCUAGUCCUGAGGUUCAAUGUAACAGUUAGAGACAUGUAAGCUGACCGUACAUGUAUGGGACAUAAUCUCAUCUGGUUCAGCAGAGAACGAAGAGAGAAAUUUAUGAUAAGUGAUAACUGGCUGUCAGUAGAAUAGCCUUCAGAGAAAACUUGCUGAUUCCAGCAGAUUAAAAUACCAAGUGUUUGUCAGUAGUUUUUUGGUCAUCUGUUGUAUUGAGGAGAAUAUACACAUUUCCAAUAUUACAA